AUGGGGUUUGAGAAAACUUGGAUGAGGUGGAUGGAGGCUUGUAUAUUCAAGUUUCAUCUCUCUAUUAUGGUCAAUGGAAGUCCUAUAAAGGAUUUUGAAGUUAAGAGAGGUUUACGACAGGGAGAUCCGUUGUCUCCCUUUGUUUUUGUCAUUGUCACAAAAGGUUUGACUUGUUUGAUUAAAAGGGCUACUGCUUUGGGUGAAUUCAAGGGUUUUCGUGUGGGCAACGGAACAUCGGUAGAAAUUAUUCAAUUUGCUGAUGUUACCUUGAUUAUUGGAGGAGGUGGGUGGAAAAAUAUGUGGAGUAUCAAAGUUAUUCUUAGGGGUUUUGAAUUAGUGUCGGGGAUGGGGAUGCAUUUCUAUAAGAGUAGGCAUAUUUGA